AUGGCUAAUCCAAGUGAAGAUGUUCAGGUCCAGGAUCAAGUUCCCGAGCCAAGGAUUGGAGGGGCCACCGCUUGGACUGAACCACCCAAUUCCGAACUAGGUGGGGCAACGGCCAAAGAUUUCCCGGUGACCACUGCGGGGUCCAGCAAUUGA